AUGGGACCGAUGUGGCGCAUGCGUGGUGGCGCCGGCCGGCGCGGGGGCCGGAGCGGCGGGGGCCGCGGCGGGGCCGGCGGCGGGCAGGGCCGCCCGGGCCGGGGUCGCGGCGGCGGCGGCGGCGGGGGCUGGCGAGGCCGUGCGGACGGCGCCCGGCCGCAGCUGGAGGAGCGCUUCGCCGACCUGGCGGCGAGCCACCUGGAGGCCCUGCGCGCGCGGGACGAGCGGGACCGGCAGAACGCGCGGCUGCGGGAGGAGAACGCCCGGCUGCGGCUGGAGAACCGGCGGCUCAAGCGCGAGAACCGCAGCCUCUUCCGCCAGGCCCUGCGGCUCCCCGGCGAGGAAGGCGACGGAGGAGCGCCCGAGGCGGCGGCGGCGGCGGCGGCGGCGGCGGCGAGAGCCAGCCCGGGCCCCGAGGAGGCCGGCGCGGGCCGGACGGCGAGAAGCGGCAGCCCCGAUCGGGAGCCCGGCAGCCCCCGGGCGCUGAGGGCCCGCCUGGAGAAGCUGGAGGCCAUGUACCGCCGCGCGCUGCUGCAGCUGCACCUGGAGCAGCGGACGCCGCGCCCGCCCGCCGACAAGGAGGAGGCGUCCCCGCGAGAGCCCGAGCCCGGCCUUCCCGCUCCGGACCCGGAGCCCGCGGAACCCGGGCCUUAG